GUAUUUGAGAUGUAUAUGGAGAGUUGCGCGCCGCGAGGUAAAGGAGCCUAAUCGUGACACCUUUCGGCGUUAUCGUUCUAGUUUACCCCCGAAUAUCGUCUAAAGCCCGGCUUUUAGCCGAGUCAUCGUCUCCCGCUGUCGCAGAGACCAGGACAGGCGCGUAGCGAGCGGAUGCUCCGUUUAUAAGCUCCGGUUACUCCGAUUGUGUUCUAACUAAUAAAUAGUUCUGUGGUUAAAAGUGUUCGAAUCAUUAACUCCGGUUCUCCUUCUCUCAAAUAUAAUAUUCGAAUAUACAAGAAUAUAACAGCUGGCGACGAGGAUGGGAUCCUAGUAGGCGUAGUGAAAAUCAGCCACGUGGAAUUCGUGGCGAGAGUUUUGCCAGAGCCGAAUGGGCGACGGUGUUCGAGAAACUACGCAACAGAGGAAGUGAUUUGCCGAGAAGGAGGAAAUUAAGAGAAGAUGCCGACGACGAGUUCAGGCUCAGGUACGCAAAGCCCGGUAUCGGGACAAAAUCCACCGGCAAAGGUAGCAAUUGCAAACCCUUUGCAAGUCGAUGUUUUCGACCCGCAGCGGCAGCCGUUAAUUCGUUGGCUGCAGCGACUUGAAGGUGCCUUUCGAGUGUUUCAAAUCUCGGAAGGCGCAGAACGUGUUGCUUACUUGCUACAUUUCGUAGGCGUAGAACCGUUCGGGAUUUUGUGCGACCGACUGGAUCCUAUCGAUCCAUAUACUCAAACGUAUGAGACGUUAAUUGGAAAAUUAAAAGAAUUUUACGCGCCCGAGCCACUAGAGAUAGCCGAGAUAUAUAUUUAUCGGAAGCGUAUGCAACGUACAGAGGAGACUGUCCAGGAAUACAUGGCGGCUCUCCAGAAAUUAUCGCUUCACUGCAAAUUUGGAGAAUAUCUACCAAUGGAACUACGGAAUCAAUUCGUAUUCGGCUUAAGGAAUCAUCGGAUUCAAUCGAGGUUGUUGGAGACGGCGAAUCUCACGAAGGACUCCGCAUUAAAAAUCGCAUGCGGAAUGGAAAUGGCGGAGAAGGGCGUUAAUAAACUAAAAGAAGAAAAUCAUCUAUCGGAAACGACCGUUGACUACAUUGGAGCUGGAGCAAAACAGAAGAAGACAAAGGGCCGUGAUGAUCGUACUGGAAACAGAGGAAAUCAACAACAAGGGUCGAGGAAGGACGCAGCGACUUCGAAGCAUUCCAAUCUUGGCAAACAUCAUAAGUAUACAAAUAAUAAGCGUUCGAACUCGAAAGUUAAUGAUAUUGUUUGUUAUAGGUGUGGUCAGGCUCAUUUGGCGCCAAGCUGUACCCUUCCUCGGAACACUAAAUGUAGAGAAUGCGGAGGUUUUGGGCACCUCCAAAAAGUUUGUAAGAAGAAAGGGCAGGCCCACCUGUUAGAAGAGGUGUUCCGUGUGGAUGACAGAGAGCAUCUCGAGCACAGGGAAAAGUACACAGUUCCGCUUCAAAUAGAAAGCAAGAGAGUGACAUUCGACGUAGAUUGCGGCUCAGCGGUCACAUUGGUGAGCGAUAUAUGGCGUAGAGAAACGUUUCCAAAUUUAAAAUUAUAUAAUACGCGUUUGAAACUGCGCUCUUAUUGUAAGAAAAAUUUCGUGCCUCUCGGAUUUAUUAAAGUAAAAGUCAAAGAUAUAAAUGAAAAUAAAAUAUUAAAUAUGUACGUGGUUAAAUACGAUCGAGAUCCAUUGUUGGGCCGGGAGUGGAUUAAUCAGUUGAAAAUGUUAAAGAAAAUUAAAGAUAGUCUCUUAGAAAUAGAAGACGUGCAUACUCUCGACGCGUCCGGGCAAGAACGGUUGGCUAAUUUAUUAGAAAAAUAUAGAAACGUACUAAGUGACGAAUUUGCAAAUAUUAAUAAAUUUCAAGCUCAUCUAAAAUUAAAACCAAAUGUAAAGCCUGUAUUUAUAAAAAAUCGUGCGGUACCCUUUAAAAUUUUAGAAAAAGUCGAAAAAGAAUUAGAAAAUAUGGUAAAAGCAGGCAUCUUGGAAAAAGUCGAGUCUUCGAAUUGGGCAACGCCAAUCGUACCGGUUUUAAAAAAAAACGGCGGAAUUAGAAUUUGCGGUGACUACAGUAUAACAGUCAAUCCGUCUUUAAUUAUAGAUGAGCACCCCUUGCCCACAAUGGAAGAAUUGUUCGCAUCUAUGUCGGGAGGCACGAUUUUUUCAAAAAUAGAUUUAAAACAAGCAUAUUUGCAGUUACCGGUCGCGGAAUCUGAUAGAGAGAUUUUAACAUUAAGUACACAUAAAGGUCUAUAUAAAUGCAACCGAUUAAUGUACGGAGUGGCAUCUGCACCCGCGAUAUGGCAAAGGACAAUGGAAAAUAUACUGUGCGGAAUACCCGGGGUGGCUAUAUUUUUAGAUGAUAUUAGAAUUGCCGGUAAAGACAUAAAACAACACUGCGAGAGAUUAGAACUUGUUUUGAAAAGAUUAUCAGAAUAUAAUAUUCGCAUUAAUGUAGAGAAAUGCGCUUUUCUUAAAGAUAAAAUAUCCUAUUGCGGAUAUAUAAUUAGCAAAAACGGAAUUUCAAAAGAACCUAAAAAAAUUGAAGCAGUCCAAAAGAUGCCAAGGCCAACUAAUACGACGCAACUUCGCGCUUUUAUUGGAUUAGUAAAUUACUACGGACGCUUCAUCGAACAUUUAAGUGAUAAAAUGUACCCGUUAAAUAACCUGCUAAAGAAAAAUGUAAAAUUUAAUUGGUCGAAAGAAUGUGAGACGGCUUUCAGAAAAAUUAAAGUAGAAUUCGGAAGUAAAAAAAUUUUAGUGCCUUUUAACCCAAAGUUGCCAUUGAUACUCGCUGUGGAUGCCAGUCCGUACGGAAUAGGUGCAGUCCUUUCACACAUGUACCCCGAUGGUACAGAACGCGUAAUUCAAUACGCGUCAAACACAUUAAAUGAAACGCAAAAGAAAUACGCGCAGAUUGAUAAGGAGGCUUUUGCAAUUGUUUUCGGGAUUAAAAAAUUCCAUCAAUUUUUGUAUGGAAAUCAUUUUACGCUUUUAACGGAUAAUAAGCCGUUGGCACAAAUUUUAAACCCGCAAAAAGGCCUUCCGGCAUACAGUGCACUGCGCAUGCAGCACUAUGCCGUGUUUUUGCAGGCUUUUAAUUUUGAUAUAAAGUAUCGUAAAUCCAUAGAUCAUUGUAAUGCAGAUGGGUUCUCACGAUUGCCCAUACAAGAGAAAAGCGUAGGAAAAUUCGACGUAAUUGAUGUAUUGCAAAUGGAAAACGUAGAAACAUUACCGGUAACUGCAAAAAGUAUUAGAGAUGAAAUAAAUAAAGAUGCGUUAUUAUUAAAAAUUCGUCAAACCUUGAUAAAAGGCAAAAGUUUAGUUCCGCUGGGUUAUAAUGAUGGCGAGUUUGCGUUGCAGGAUGGUAUCGUGUUUAGAAAAGAGAGAAUAGCUAUCCCGAAAAGCUUAAGAAGUAAAGUAUUAAAAGAAUUGCACGCAGGGCAUUUUGGAACGGUAAAAAUGAAAAAACUUAGUCGAAAUUUUUGUUGGUGGCCAAAAAUAGACAAAGAAAUAGAAGAAAUAACUAAAAAUUGUAAAGCAUGUGCCACGUUUUUAAAUAAUCCAAGAAUCAAAGUUAAACACGCCUGGGAAGCGGCGUCAGAACCUUUUGAGCGCGUACAUAUAGAUUUCGCGGGGCCGUUUAUGAGCCACACUUUUCUAGUAUUGGUCGACUCGUACACAAAAUGGCCUGAAGUUCACAUUGUAAAAAACAUGUCCGUCCAAAACACGAUAGAAAAAUGUAGGGAAAUAUUCGCAAAAUUCGGAUUGCCACGAGUCCUAGUGUCGGACAACGGGCGAACAUUUAUUGCAGAAGAAUUCGAAAAUUUUCUUAGAAUAAACGGAAUAUACCAUAAGCGCACAGCACCCUACCAUCCUGCUACAAAUGGUUUAGCGGAACGUUUCGUACAAACGUUAAAAAAAUCACUACGAAAAUUAAAUAUUAGUAAUGGCAACAUUAAGACCAAUCUACAGAAAUUUCUAUUUCAGUAUAGAGUAACACCUCAUGCAGAAUUAGAUAAAUCUCCGGCGGAAGCCAUGUAUAACCGUAAAUUAAGAAGCAGAUUGGACUUAAUGUUCCCGAAAACUAAUAAAGAAAUUGAAAUGGAAAAUAUAAUAGUUGUAAGAAAUUUUAAAGAAGGCGAAAGAGUCGCCGUGCGAGAAUAUUUAAACAAAAACGUAAAAUGGCGAUUUGGGAGAGUAUUAGCUAAGCUAGGGAAAUUACAUUACUCAGUUAAAUUAGACAACGGAAAAAUUUGGAAACGUCACUCAGAUCAAAUAAGGAAAAUAGGAGAAAAAAUUAGUGCCCCGAUUGAUGAGGCGAAUAACCUUGGUGAGGCUGACCAUUAUGGUCCAGUCGAGGUAGCACGGGAUGUUCUAACUCCAAGCGAUAACGAGCAAGCGAAAACUGUGCACAAAAACUCUGACCCUGCCAGCUCGAGUUGCUACUCCGAAAAUCCCAAUACAACGGAAUCCGAGGAAGGGGAAGCUGCAAGAGCCGACGACACACGCACGCGUAAAUCAAAAAUAAGUUUGGAACAAAAUGUAAACGAAAACAAUGAGGGCCGACCUCAACGUUAUAGAAAACCGCCUGAUAGGGGGAAGAGCUGUUAUGUAUUUGAGAUGUAUAUGGAGAGUUGCGCGCCGCGAGGUAAAGGAGCCUAAUCGUGACACCUUUCGGCGUUAUCGUUCUAGUUUACCCCCGAAUAUCGUCUAAAGCCCGGCUUUUAGCCGAGUCAUCGUCUCCCGCUGUCGCAGAGACCAGGACAGGCGCGUAGCGAGCGGAUGCUCCGUUUAUAAGCUCCGGUUACUCCGAUUGUGUUCUAACUAAUAAAUAGUUCUGUGGUUAAAA